UUGGCAACUUGCCUCUCCGCCUGUACAGUUCACCCUACUUAGAAAUUGUGAAUGUAUUUUCAAUACAGUGGUUUCAUUUAUUAAGAUAAAACUCAAGGUUGCGAAAAUUACUUUAAUCCUAUCCGAAUACAAAGUGAAUACAGUAUAUUUCAGUUAGAAGUGACAUUUGCCAGUAAAACUAAGCUAUGGUACGUGUCUGCGUCAUCGGGGCUGGAGCGGCUGGCGUCUGCGCUGCUCGCCACCUCCUCGUGGAGCCCUGCGUGGACCAUGUGGACAUCUUCGAGCAGGCCAGUCAGCUGGGCGGGACGUGGGUGUACACUGAGAAAGUCGGCUAUGAUGACUUCGGCCUGCCCAUUCACAGCAGCAUGUAUAAGAGUUUAAGGACAAAUCUACCAAAAGAGAUAAUGGGAUUUCCUGAUUUUCCUGUACCGGAGAGCGAAAAGUCUUACUUGCCCGCGAAGGAGAUGUUAUCCUUCCUGCAACUGUACGCCGAUAAGCAUCAAGUUACGGAUCGGAUCAAUUUUAACCACCAUGUCAACCUCGUGAUACCAAAAGCGGGUCCCUCGGGCGAACUCUGGGACGUGUCGUUCAAGAACUUGCUGAAUGGAGAAUCAGAGACGAGGGAGUACGACUACGUGUUCGUCUGUAACGGGCACUACAAUACACCCUUUAUACCGAACAUACCGGGACUGAAGGAAUUCCAAGGAGACGUGAUGCACAGCCACGACUACAGAGUCCCAGAGAUCUUCUCGGGCAAGCGUGUGCUGGUGGUCGGCGCGGGACCCUCGGGGAUGGACAUAGCUUUGGAAGUCACCAACGUCGCCCAUAAAGUCAUACUGAGCCAUCACUUGAAAGAACAACCCAGAACAAUCUUCCCCGAUAACUUGACCCAGAAGCCGGACGUGAAGAGACUUGAUGGAAAAAAGGUUCACUUCGCUGAUGAAAGUGAAGAUGAAGUCGAUGUAGUGUUUCUGUGUACUGGAUACCUAUACAACUUCCCUUUUCUUCACGAGUCUUGUAAUAUAUCCGUGGAAGACAACUGCGUGGAGCCUCUCUACAAGCACCUGGUCAACAUCCACCACCCGACCAUGUGCUUCAUCGGCGUGCCUUACUACGUGUGCGCAUUCUCCAUGUUUGACUUGCAGGUCAGAUAUUACAUACGUUCCAUUAACGGGACCUUUAGUCUUCCGUCCACUGAGGAGAUGAUCGCCCACUGGGAGGAGGAGAAGAAAGACAGAGCUUCGAGGGGAUACACGAAACGACAGGCCCACAUGAUGGGACCCGACCAGGAAAAAUACUACGCAUCGUUGGCUACGGAAGCGGGCACGAAAUCCCUGCCGUCGGUGUUGACGAAGAUCCGGGAGGAAAGCUCCAUUAGGUUUCUGCACAAUCUGAAGCACUACCGACAGGACGUGUACAAAAUCAUCGACGACAACACUUAUGAGAUUGUAAACGACGCCGCUAGAUAAAUCUGUUGAAAUUAGGCUGUAGACAAUAUUAGGCUCUAGACAAAAUAAGUAUAAUUCAUAUUUUAGGUGAAAUUAACGAUUGACGCCUCCAGCCGGCUUACCGGCUGUCAAAAUUGUGUAUGACUUUUUGUUAGGUAUAUGGAGGA